AUGAAAUUCGGCGAGCAACUCGAGCGAGAGUCCGUCCCGGAAUGGAGUCUCCACAACCUCGACUACAACUCUCUCAAACAUGAAAUCAAGGUCCACACCACUCGCCACCAGGCGGUUGCUAUGGCCAUUCCCGGCCACCGCGACGAGGCCUUGACCAGGUUUGAGGACGGACUAUAUAUGGAGCUCGUCCACCAGCACGAGCGCCUUCAUCUUUUCGUCUCCAGCAAAGCCGACGAAAUCUCGCGGCGAUUAGAACACCUCGCCAAGAGCAUUUACCGAUGGAUUCGCAAGCCGCUGGAAGAGAUGACGACGGAUGAUGCCAUCAAGUAUCAGAGAAGGUUCGCCAAGUAUGAGCGGGAGUUGGUCCGAUGUGGUGGCGAUAUCCAGGCUCUCUCACGUUUCACCAACGCCCAAGUUGUCGCCUUCCGCAAGAUUCUCAAGAAGUACAAGAAAUGGACUGGCUCGACAUCCUUGACCGGCCGCUUCAAUGACAACGUCCUCUCGGAUCCUAAGAGUUUUACCCGACGCGACUUCUCACCUCUCCAGGACCGCUACGACGAGAUCACUUGCACGCUUCGCGCUUCCGCCCCAGUCUUGAGUGAACCCAGCUCCCCGGAAUCAGUACCGCAGUCUUUACCCGAACGGGUGUUGUCGCAGUCUUGCAACUUCUCGACGAUUUCUGACCGCGGUUCAUCAUGUCGACCCCAACCCCAAUUCGAAGCCCUGCCACCUCCGCAAAUACCCUCUCAAAUCAAGUAUUGGAACGAGUACGACAACGGGAGCGAAUGCGGUACGGAUGAAGGAUAUGCUAUUUAUAUUAACCCGGAAGAAAGCAUGAACUUCCCAGGGUUCGACUAUUUACAGGGUAUCUUAAAGGUUCCCUACGAAAAAGCAAGAGGUUGGCUCAGACUGGAUCGCUCUGCUGAAGAGCGGCCCCUUCUAACUGCCAACCACUUGCCUCGCGGGUACUCCGCCGCCACCUUCAACAGCGAAUCUGACGAAGAGGGAGGCUAUGCUAGCUCGGACGGGUUCCCUACAACUGGUUAUGCCACUCACUAUGCCCUCCCUAGCCUCAACCAACAGGCUACUAUCCGUUAUCGGGAAGACGUAUUUUUUUGGGGCACAAUUGGCUGUUUCAUGACAUCCUUUAUUCUCCUUGCCGUUGCUGGUAUCCUAAUCUUCACCGGAAAACACAAGCUGCGAGCCGAGGUGGAUGCGGGCGUCACGGUCGGCGUCGUCGCCAGCUUAUUUUCCGCGUGUAGUGCGCUGGGCAUGACUAUGUACCGGCGAGAUCCGCUCCCGCUCACCUAUAAGCUCAUGGUCUGGGGCUCCUUUGUCGCAUCAUGUCUUCUCAACGGCAUGCUGUUGAUCCUUGUUGUGGGGAACGCCCCGUGA